GGUAUUUUGAAAUAAUAACGUUAAUAAAAGUUCAUGAUAAAAGUAAAUAAUAUGGUCCAGAAUGCUAAUACAAAUAGAAAUUAAAUCAUAAACAUUUAUUCUAAUUGAAAAUUAUCAUUAAACCAAGAUUUGAUGAUGACAAAACUUGAUAUAAAUUACUGUUUUUGAUGAGAUGAUAUAUUAGUAAACCAAACUUUACCGAUGGUUAAGUGUCAAGCAUAUUAGAAUUAUGGGGAAAAUUUAUUCUUUUUAAAGAAUUAUUAUUAUUUUCUUUUAGGGAGGACGUUACAGCCCAUUACAAAUUUAUUAGAAAAUAUGGAAAUACUGACGUUCAUUAUUAAAAAGGUGAGAGGUGAUGGUAGUCUCUGCCACUAGUCAUAAACACUUCGAUGGAUCUUCACAUAUCACUCUAAUCGUACUAAUAGAAACUUAUCUUUGGUGGUUGGUUGGGCUAAGCUAAUUAAAUCUAUUUCAAUUUAUUUAUAGCACAGGGUUAAGGUUUUGCAUGUUUAGUAAUUGCCGUAUUCAUACAAAAAAAUGACGAAUGCACCUAAGGUUAAACGCAAAUACGAAUGUGGAAUAUGCGUGAAAAUUUUCGGCAGUUGUAACGAUUUGAGGAAGCAUCUGAGGGUUCAUACCAACGAAAGACCAUACGUGUGCGACGAAUGUGGACAAGCAUUUCGGCAAGCAGGAUCUUUAAAAAACCACGUUGCUUGUAAACAUUCAGCUUUGCUACAAAAUAAAGAUUUAUUCGUGUGUCAUUAUUGCGACAAAGCAUUUCCAAUCAAAGACAGGCUCAAACUACAUCUUCGAACGCACACAGGGGACAGGCCGUACGAAUGCGAAGAAUGUGGAAAGAAAUUUGCCAGAGGCGGCCAACUCAUUCAACAUAUGCGCACACACACAGGCUCCAAGCCUUAUACGUGCCUUAUAUGCAAUGCUUCGUAUACCUGCUCUGCUAAUCUGAAGCUUCACGUGAACAGACACAUGGAAAUAAGGAAUUUCGUUUGUGACAUUUGUGGUAAAACCUUUUUUCGAAGAGACGCCCUCAAAAAGCAUCUGAAUUGCUAUCACGCCAACAUUAGAGCGUUCCAUUGCGAGAUCUGCAAGAAGAAUCUCAAAGGACAUUUACCUCAACACAAGAAAAUCCACCAAAAAGAGAAACCACAUGGUUGUGCUCAUUGCGGAGCUAGGUUCACUCAAAAGUCUCAGCUCACUGUCCAUCAAAGGACACACAGCGGGGAAAAGCCUUAUAGGUGCCAGAUUUGCUGGAAGGCUUUCGCUCAUUCCACUGCGCUUAAAAUACAUAUUCGUCUUCAUACGGGAGAAAAACCCUUUGAAUGCGGCUUAUGCAACACUCCUUUCAUACAGUUACCACAUCUGAAGAAGCACAUGUCUGCUAUACACAAAGCAGACAAACCAUACGUUUGUAAGCAUUGUAAAGUUACUUUCUGUCAAACCAAAACGGAAUUGGAGCAUCACUACAAAAAAUGCUCCGAUUCAGGAACGAAAACUAAUAUGGAGGAACGAAAAACAAACCUAGUUUUAAACAAGAACACAGCAAUAUCAAUGCCUAUUGGAAUGAUGAGAUAUCUCUUGGCGAUUCUUUUGAAAAAGAUAUCUGCAGCGGAUCGUCUAAAAUCUCUAGGAUUCAAUAAGCGACUGGUAGAUGAGAUUCUAAUCGAUUCUAUAGAAAAUUCAGGCCGCACGGCUUGUAAAGACAAUACUAUAUCUGAGGCUGAGCGAUUGAAGCAAAAUGUACAAAUCUUGUUAGAAUGGACAGUUCCUUCCUCCUUUAUGGAGAAAUUUAGACAAGAACAGCGAUCGACAGAAGAAUUAUUAAAAGAAUUGACUUCAUAAUUUUAAUUUGUAAGUAGGUUUGAUUGGGUGUCUCAAACAUAGUAAAAAACAAAUUGAAAUAUACCUCGGAAUUAACUGUGUUGAAUCUAAGUGACCUGUAUUGAUUGUGAGAGGGAACCUAUUAGACAAGGCGAAACCGGCGGGUUCGUUGGAAAAAAUAUUCCCAUGAGAUUUUUUUGCAUAAUCAUAUUCGUGAGACAUCCCAGAAUAAGGUUCAAGAAGUCGCCCCCGUGAAAAGUUGUCCAAAUUUUUUUUUCAAUUUUUUUUAAUCAAAUUGUAAAAAAUCAAUAUUUUCGGCCCGGAUACAUUUUUUUAGGUUUUAUGAACCAUUCUGGACAAAAAAGGUCUCUUAUAAUUUUUCUCUAAAGUUGCUCGUUUUCGAGUUAUAAGCAAUUUAAAAUUGAAAAAAACGAAAAAUGGCGAUUUUUAAGGCUUAAUAACUCGGUUAAAAGUUAUUAUUAUGAAAGUCAGAAAGUGAUCAAAUAAAAGUUUAAAGCCCGCCCUACAAGAUCCUGAAGAAAUUUUUGUCAUUAUUUUAUCACUAAGCUGUUAUUUUUAAGUAAAAAUAAUGAGCGCCAUGCACGUAUUAGGCGGCCGGCAAUGAUGAAUGCGAGAGAGAUGCCAUUCCGGCAGUCAAUGGUGCAUCUUACUCGCACUCACAUUUACAGCCGCGUCAAUACGAUCUUACGGCUCAUUAUUAAUAAUUAAAAAUAACAGCUUAGUAAUAAAUUAAUGACACAGAUUUCUUCAGGAUCAUGUAGUGGAGGCUUUCAACUUUGAUUUGGUCACUUUCUGAAUUUCAUAAUAAUAAUUUUUAACCGAGUUAUUAAGCCUUAAAAAUCGCCAUUUCUCUUUUUUUUUCAAAUUUAAAUUGCUUAUACAUAACUCGAAAACGAGCAACUAUAGAGAAAAAUUAUAAGAGACCUUUUUUGUCCAGAAUGGUCCAAGAAAACCUAAAAAAAAUGCGUCCGGGCCGAAAAUAUUGAUUUUUGCAAUUUGAUUAAAAAAAAAUGAAAAAUAAAAAUUUGGACCACUUUUCACGUGGGCGACUUUUGAACCUUAUUCUGGGAUGUCUGACGAAUAUGAUUAUGCAACAAAAUCUCAUGAGAAUAUUUUUUCCAACGAACCCGCCGUUUUCGCCUUGUCUAUAUUGGUAGUAGAUGUUUAUAAAAUCUUUUUUUUUCAAUAAAACAGGCCGACAAGCCUGAGACCCAAAAAACAGAGUGUCUAUACUUUUCCAAAGGUUCUUGGUGCGCUGAAUACGAAUCUGAGCUUCAAAUUUCUGAAUUGGUUCUGGUUUCUGAGAUAUCCUAACCUAAAAGUGCAAAAAUUGCGGUUUUUGGCCAUUUUAAAUAUACACUCGUUUAUUUUUCUGUCCUAAAAUAAUACGGAUACCACUUUGAGUAUAAGUUUUUCUCUUUCAAAUGCGGUUAAGUUUGCGCAAAUAUUUAUUUUUCGCCGAGAUAUUACAUUUUGAACUUUUCAUUUUUGUGAAAUUUCUUAUACCUGAAAAUUCAUUAAGAUAUCAGACGUGAUAAGUCGAGCUAAACAAACUAACCACCCAUUCUAACUCCUAAAAACCACCCUUAUCAAAGUGGCACCCUUAUCGCAAGUGGACUAACGCACCUAACCCUAACUACAAAGAAUUUAAUCCUUACAACACGCAAGCCGACAGACCUUUCAAUCUAUACCCUAACCCACCGUACUCUUAGAAACCACCCCUAAAAUACGACCCCCAUCAAACCACAAGCAGGCUAACCCACUUAAUCAUAAGUUCCCACAUCCAAGCCCAUAAACCUCAUAUCAUCAUCAGUGGUGCAGCAGCCCUAUAAAAGAGCCUCGACCUUCCUAAUUCUAUUACGCCAGUCAGUUCUAUCCAUUGCAAACUGUUGCCUGUUUGCUGCGCCUUUUUUUUAUUUAUUUUUCUACCAUCCUCAUCUACACCAUCCUUCCAUCUGAGUUUUGGCCUUCCCCUAUUUCUACUUCCCACUGGGUACCAGAGGGUUGUUCUGCUGUGAUCUUGCUAGAUGUCCUGCCCAUCUUAGUCUUCCUAUUUUUAUAAGUGGUACUAUGUCUUUACCAUCAAAUAUAUGUGGUAUAUCUCGUAGUUGUACCUCCUCCUCCAAACAUCACUUUCACAGUUGCCACCGAAUAUUCCUCUCAGGAUCCUUUGUUCAAAUAUAAGCAGAAGGCUUUCAUCUGCCUUGGAGAUGGUCCAUGUCUCCGAUCCAUAUGUUUCAACACCGGGUGUAUAAAGGUACGAUUCCGACAUCGACGACAGGCGGUAACUGCAAAUGGCAGUUACAGUUGUUACCAUGACAUGUAUUUACUUUGCACUAUUAAUUUAUAUAAUUAUUAGCAACUGACGUUCUGCCGGACAGCAAUUGCAGUUAGAUGUCAGAAUCAGUCUCAUACAAAUUAAUAGUGUAAAGUAGUGACGUCUGUCACGGCGACAACUGCAACUGUCGUCCGCAGUUGCCGCCUGCCGUCGAUGUCGGCAUCGUACCUUUAAGGUUUUGUAUAUGGUUAUUUUUAUUUUUUGGCUUAAGUUUCUGCUUCUCAUAUGUCUACUCAGUCCAAAAUAGCAUUUGAUUGCUAGAAUUAUCCUUCGCUUGAUUUCUUCCGUCAUGACGUUCUCCUUGGUGAUAAGGGAGCCUAAGUAUGUGAAUUUUUCCAUCACUUCAAAGGUAGUGUUAUCAACCGUGAGUUGGUGACCGAUGUUUCUGGCUGUAUUGUUGGGUGUUGAUGGCAUCAUCUUAGAUUUCUCCUCAUUAUUUUCAGGUCCAUAUUUUUUGAGGCAUUUGAGAAGGUGGUAUACAUUUUUCUUCUAGCUUGCGUGUUGUGCGUUCAACUAGGUCCACAUCAUCUGCAUAUGCCAAAAUUUGGGAUGAUUUAUUAAAAAUAUUUCCUCUGUAUUAAAAAUAUAUCCUCUCAUGUAUUCGGGGGCAUCUCUGACCGCCUUUUCCAGAGCUAUGUUGAAAAGGAGACACGCCAGCGCACCUCUCUGUCGCAGACCAACAUGCGUUUCAAACGCCUAUGGUUAACUUUACCAACUUUGCAAAUUUUACGCAUUGUAGCCUUAACCAAUCAGUUUAUCGGGGAUGUGGAAUUCAUCCAUGGUUUCAUACAAUUUAUUUCUUAGGACACUAUUAUAGGCCGAUUUAAAAUCUGCGAAAAGAUGGUAUGUGUCGAUAUUGAAUUCAUUGGUUUUUUACUGUAUUUGCCUUAGCACAAAGAUCUGGCCUGUUGUUGAUCGACCAGGCCUAAAACCACGUUGAUAUUCGCCAAGAAGCUCCUCUGAAUAUGCACUUAGGCGACCAUAUAAGAUACUCGAAAAUAUUUUGUAUGCUGUAUUAAGGAGGGUUAUUCCCCUAUAGUUUCUACAUUCCAAUUGAUCAUACUCUGGGCUAAUUAGCAAAAUACAAGGAAAAGUUAUUUACCAGCAAUUUUAUUGCUGGAAUCGAAUCUUAUUAUUGUAUGUCUUAAUAAUAUAGGUAUGCAAAGUCCGCAGAUGGUGUGCUACUUUUUUUAUAAACAAAAUGGCGCCCGAAAAUCGUGUUUUUUUUAAAUUUUUGCUCUAUAACUCCAAAGAUUUUA